CUUAUUUGUUUUUUUUGUUGUAUCAUCCACGCGCAGAAAUAAUUCAAAGAAGUUUCAUGUAAAGUUUUAAUAUUUAUCACAAUACAGUUUAAAGUGCAUUACAUACAAAAUUAAUUCAAUUAUAAUAUAUCUUUUGCAGUAUUUCAUACUUCAUUGCUCGUAAUUUCAUACACGCAAGAUAUUGAGACAAAAUUCGCAGAGUUCCUAAAAUCGCUCCUUCGGUACCAUGGUUGUCUUACUAGGAGAAGUGAAAAAGUCACCUAAUGACAAAAAGUCAUAUCGUGCAAUUGAAUUACCAAACGGCUUGAGAGCGUUGCUAAUUUCGGAUUUAAGAGAUGGUGAAACAGAAGAAGCUCUAGAUUUGCAUAAUGCUGCAGAACCCAUGAGCGAGGGUGAGGACUCAUCAGGAGAAGGUAAAAAUGCAACUGAUUAUUUAUUAAUAUUAAAGAUGAUGUAUAAAGUCAUUACAAAAAAUACUCCAGAAUCAUUAUCUGGUGAAGACGAGGGGGAAGAAAACGAGGCGGAGGGAGAUGAAAGAGAUUGCAAGUUGGGAGGAGAAAAGCUCUCAGCAGCAGCUCUUUGCAUCGGUAUUGGCAGUUUUUCCGAUCCUCAGUGUAUGCCAGGAAUGGCUCACUUCCUAGAACAUAUGGUAUUUAUGGGUAGUGAAAAAUAUCCGAAAGAAAAUGAAUUUGAUGCAUUUCUCCAAGAAAAUGGCGGAGGCUCUAAUGCAUAUACAGACUGUGAUAAAACGGUUUUCUAUUUUGAUAUGACUAGAAAAAAUUUUGGACAAGGAAUGGAUCGUCUUGCAAAUUUCUUUGUUGCACCACUUAUGUCCAAGGACAGUAUUGAUAGAGAGUUAAAAGCUAUUGAUAGUGAGUUUGAUAUUGGAAAAAAUUCUGAUGGAAAUCGUAAAGAACAACUUCUUGGCUCUCUAUCGUCAACCGACCAUCCUAUGGGAAAGUUUAUGUGGGGAAAUAGCAAAUCCUUAAAAAUCGAUCCAGAAUCAAAGGGUAUUGAUAUUUAUAAGGAAUUGAAAGAAUUCUACGCAAGGCAUUAUUCCUCGCAUUAUAUGACAUUAGCUGUCCAAUCUAAACACAAUCUUGACACGCUUCAAAAUUGGGUAGUCGAAUAUUAUGGAAAAAUUUCAAAUAACAAACUCCCAAAACCAAUAUUUAUGGAUGAAAUUUAUCAAAACCCUUUCAAAACUUCAAAUUUUACUUGUAUGCAUAGAGUGAAAACUGUUAAAAUCUUUCAUCAAUUGGAAAUAACUUGGUCCCUUCCUUCUUAUGCACGAGAAUACUUGGUGAAACCCUUAGAGUACUUAUCUUGGCUAAUUGGUCAUGAAAGUAAGGGAAGCUUGCUGUCAUAUUUGAAAAAACGCACCUGGGCUCUCUCUCUUCACGCCGGUAAUGGCAAAGGCGGUUUUGAAUCAAAUGAUACUUCUUCAUUAUUUAGUAUUGGUAUAUAUAUGACUAAAGAGGGUCUAAAACAUACGGAUGAGAUCCUUGCUGCUGUUUUCCAGUACCUCAAAAUGCUUCGGCUUUCCGGACCAAACGAACGCAUUUAUAAAGAAAUACAAACUUUAGAAGAAUGUAAUUUUAGAUUUAAGGAAGAGACUGACCCUUCAGAUUACGUGACCAAUUUGUGUAACAAUAUGCAAACCUAUGAAGUAUCUGAAUAUAUUACUGGUGAACAUUUGUUAUAUAAAUACGAUCCUGAUAUGAUACAAAAAGCAACUCUUUUAUUGGAUGCAAGAAGUUGUCAUAUAUUUUUUUCAACUCAGGAACACAGUAAAGAGAAUACUAAUAUUAAUGAAAAAUGGUUUGGAACAGAAUAUGGAGUAGUAGCUAUAUCAGAGGAACAGUAUCAACAGUGGGAGAAUUGCGUACCUGACGAAAGUUUCCAUCUACCACACCCGAAUGAGUUUAUACCAUCGAAUUUUGCUCUAAAGGAGUACAAAGACAAUUCAAAUGUUCCAGUUGUACUAUCGAAAAGUGAACUCUUAACUCUACGUUUUAAGAAAGAUUCUACAUUUAACGUUCCAAGAGCUUACGUCUGCUUUUACUUGGCAAAUCCUUUAGUCUUGCAAUCUCCAAAACAAACUGCCACUUUUGAUAUAUAUUUACGAAUCAUUGAAGAAAAUCUUACAGAGAUUGUUUACGAUGCCGAAAUGGCUCAUUUGAAAUACUAUUUAAACCGUAUCGAAAGCGGAGCCGAAUUGAAAUUGUUAGGAUUCAAUGAUAAACUUCAAAAACUUUUUGAGAGUAUUAUAAAUGCUUUUGCAAACUUUACUGUUAAAGAGGAUCUCUUUACUGCAGUUAAAGAUCUUGUUAAGCGCAAUUAUUAUAAUACUGUAAUAAAACCUCAAAAGUUGAACAGCGAACUACGAUUGUCUAUAUUAAUGAAACCAUAUUGGGGAAGGGUAGAGAUGAGGGAAGCUCUAGAAUCGAUUACAAUUGAUGACGUUUUGAAUCUAUCUAAACAAUUUAUCAAUAAUCUUUACAUAGAAGGUCUUGUACACGGAAACAUGACACCUGAUGAGGCCCUCGCUCUUGAAAAUGUCAUCAAGACGAAUCUGAAUUCUAAACCCCUUAGCCCUGAAAUGAGGAAGAAACUCUUUGGUUCGUGUAAAUCUCUUCCUGAGGGUGAAAGAACGAUCUCAGCCGAAAAUUUCAACAAAAAUGACGUGAUUUCAGUGAUUACAAAUUAUUAUCAACACGGUCCAUGUACGGGUAGAGAAGCCUUAACCAAUCAGUUGCUUGUGCAUUUAUUGGAAGAACCAGCUUUUAAUAUUCUAAGAACCAGAAUGCAACUGGGUUAUACAGUGCAAGUUAUUCAUCGGGUCACUUGUGGUAUAUUAGCAGUCUCCAUAACAGUUUAUAGCCAAGCGAAUAAGUUUACAAUUGAAAAAUUAAACGAAUGUAUUGAAGACUUCCUUGCUGAAUUUGAUGAAAUGCUUUUCAGCGAUAAGGGAUCAUCGAUGUUUGAGAGUCAGAGAGAAGCAAUGAUUCAAUGGAGAUCUUGCGAAGAUACAAAUAUUACAGAACCAACUUGUCGAUGGUGGCGUGAAAUCGUUGAUGAUACGUACAUCUUUGACAGGCGUACCAAAGAAAUUGAUGAAUUGAAGAAACUAAAAUUGGAAGAUGUUCGAAAAUGGUACAUUGACCAUUUAAGAUUAAGCGAAAAAAGAAGGAAGCUAAGCGUAAGAAUUCUAGGUAAUCCCACCGCAGAUGAGAAUAAGGAGGGUGGCGAGGAAACCAAACAGGCUCUUAAGCUAAAAAUACUGGAGACGGGAGGAGCUGCUACUUUAGAAGAAUUCUCCGAAUCACUCACUCUUUAUCCUCCUUCAAAAAUUAUAAUAUAA